AACACAAUUCGAAAAUGUCCAGACUUUUGCUUCAGUGCCGCAGCACUUUGCUGGUCCUUCGCCAUCAAACAGCAGUUGAGAAUGAAAAGGGACUGUUCAGCAAGCUCGUGGAAAAGUAUACAUCCUUCCGGAAGGAGGAAAAGGAUGUGCCACAGGAGGAGGAACCCAAGAGGUCCUAGAAUUAAGCAUUCUUCUUACAGGCUAUGCAAGAAGUCGCCCCUUUCCACACAAGAUCAUAUAAUGGCCAACAAAUUACCAUAUUGUUGCCGGGGGCCCAACAUGAAUCGGGUCCAUUUUACGGGCAGAUCAUAAAACGGAACGUGCACAGACAUUAUAAAGCCAUAAAGCAUCAACUAUAAUCUGGGCAAAAAUAGCUUUGGGAAAACAGGCAAUGCGCAGAUCUACACAAGUGAUAUAAUAUCGCAUUUACGAUGUCUAAGCCCAUGGCGAUACAAAAGUCGGACUAUAUGGACCAAACGUAUCAAAAUUUUAAGCGAAAACAAUUGAUAGAUAAAAGAGAAUGUUUUGAAUGAA